AAAAAAUUACAUUAUUAAUCAUGCUACUCGGACCUUUGCUCAACAGUUUUAUAUUCAAGGGAUCAGCAGUGCCAGGUCGUCGCUCGCGGUGCCUCCAUACUUGUGUCACUACACGACUGCUGUAGCCGUGUCAAGAUUGCAAACGCUGUCGGUCUUUCCCUCUACCUUGCCUUUGGCGCUGACCUUCCACGCGACGAUUAUCUCGAUCCCCAAAUAAUCGUGGUGGAAGAUGGGAACUCAUGCUGAUCUGAAGGAGAAGGUCUCCGCAGAGUCUCCCAGCACCACUGAUCAAAAUGGCAGCCAAACAGUCCCUGUCUCUCCGUCGGACGACAAAGCCCCAGAGCCGACCUUCGAUACCGGUCUUAUAUCAUGGAUCCAGGUGAUAGGUUCUUGGUUCUUGUUCUUCAACUCAUGGGGAGUGAUCAACACUUGGGGUGCGUUCCAGACAUAUUAUGAAGAGAAUACAUUGAAGCACAUGUCCUCCUCAUCGAUCGCCUGGAUUGGAUCGCUGCAAGCUUUCCUCCUCAUGCUCUUUGGCGUGGUGACAGGCCCUCUCUUUGACGCAGGAUACUUCCGUGCGCUCCUGGGGUUCGGAACCAUCAUGCUUCCCUUCAGUCUUAUGAUGGUUAGUCUGUCUACCAAGUUUUGGCAAUUGAUCUUGUGCCAAGGUAUUCUACUUGGUCUUUCCGCUGGAUGCCUGUUCGUUCCGUCUGUCGCCAUCCUACCCCAGUACUUCAAGCAGAAGCGAGGAUUGGCAAACGGACUGGCCGCCUCGGGGAGCAGCAUUGGUGGCGUGAUUUACCCUAUCAUGUUGGAUCAGUUGCAACGGCGGGCUGGGUUUGCAUGGGCUACUCGAGCCGUGGGCUUUCUGUCCUUUGGGACCUGCUGCAUCUCGUUCUGCAUCAUGCGCAUGCGCUUUCCUCCGAAGGAGAAGCGCAAGCUCGUGCAGCUGUCGGCGUUCAAGGAGCCAGUCUUCACCAUGUUCUGCGUCGGAAUGUUCCUAGGCUUCCUGGGAUUCUACAACUUCCUCUUCUACAUCCAGUCGUAUGCCAUCGACACCAAGAUCGUCAACGCCACUCUGGGCUUCUACCUGCUCGCCAUGCUGAAUGCGGGCUCGACCUUUGGUCGAAUCUGCCCCAACUUCAUCGCCGACCACAUUGGACCGAUGAACGUGCUUCUGCCUGCUGCAACGGCCACUGCAAUCCUGGCCUUCGCCUGGAUUGGUGUUCACAACGUCCCCGGCAUCAUCGUCCUGUCUGUCUUGUACGGUCUCUGCUCCGGCGGCUUUGUCUCUCUCCCUCCGGUGGUGAUGGCUUCUAUAACCAAAGACAUCCGUGACCUGGGAACCCGUCUUGGUAUGCUCUUCGCGGUGACUUCCAUCGGCCUGCUGAUCGGAACGCCCAUCGGCGGAGCAAUUCUCAGCAACACCGGGACAUAUCUGGGCGUGCAGCUCUUUACCGGGUGCUGCCUCAUCACCUCCUCGGCUAUCUUCGCGGCCCUGCGAUAUACUCGUACUGGUCCUCAUUUAAUGGUGCGGGCUUAACUCUCGUGAUUCAUAAAGAACGCGAAGCACCGCAGACCGACUAGCUAUGAGCAAUUCGAUGUCGCCACGGUCUUGUGUGGCACUCUGCUUAUAGUGAGCAUAUCAUAAUACGCUGGUAUCAUCUGAAUUACGUUUUUGGGUCAUACCAAUCAUUUGCAUAUUGGGAAAGCAGGCGUUAUAGAAACAAAACUUGGCUUGAUUUGCGGGGCGGCAAAGAAACAUCUGCAGCAUCAUCCUACGAUACAUACCUCAAAAUACAUAUAUGAUUACCGUAC